AUGGCUUUUAUGUUGGGUGACAUUAAAAUGAAUUUGUCAGCAACGAAGCUUGUUCACUUAUUCGCUACUUGUAUGAACAAAGGAGGUGUCGUGACGCAAGUUAAAUUGGAAGACCAAUUACGAUUGUGGCAUUUAACUUUCAUUGAAUUUCACGUUGCUAAUUGUUAUGCACCUAGUUCAUGUAGCAAUAUUUCUGGAAUUCUUCCAGAUUUGAACAUACAAUUGUUAGAAUCACCAUUUCAAAAUUCGAAGAUUACGCCCACCCACAUAAUUGAACCCAAUCAAUUGUUGGAAAGUGCUACGUCCGAUUUCUGGAGAUGUUGGGUUCGAUAUAAUCUCAUGUCAAUGGGUGUUGUUCUUGCCUCCCAAAUUUGGUCACAUCGCGAACGUUUUAAAAUUCGAAGGUGCCUACGAUAUUUACGAUUGAUAAAUCUGGUUCGAAUUAGCAGUCAUAGAUUAAUUAAUGUAUUGAAUGCCACCGAUAGCAAGUUCGAUAAACAUUCUUAUAAACAUAUUUACAUGAAAAAAGAUAAAUCUCAAUUUGAAACCGUACUUGAGCAUGCUAUCCGAAUCGAGAAUUAA